AUGGCUCUCGCAGCAAAAGUCGGGGUUCACGGCAUGCCUUGCGUGCCGGAGGUUGGUGGGUCUGCAGAAAGGCAGCGAAAGCAAACAAAUCAAUAUGGUCGUCUGCGCAUCUUUCAGCAGAAUAUUUUUGCGCUUUUGGCCGAUCCUUCAUACGAAGCUCUUUUUGAUGUAGUCAUAGUGGCAGAAAAUCAA